GACUACAUAUAGAUGCCUUAGGUACACGCACAGUGGAUCUAUUGCAGGGAGCGAGUAUCAAGUAAUGUGUCGUAGUAUGGUAUUAAUAAGUUCGAUGUACGAAGAAGAAGUCUGACGUGCGGUUUGUGUAACGGGGCCCUGAGUGAUAUAUAAGGGGAGAUAAAUCUAAUUUGACCAGAAACUUCUUGUUCAUCGUAGCCUACGUAUAAUACUCAUAUCUACUAGUAGUACUAUUACAUUAAUUGUAUAUUGUCAAUAGAAUUGCAGAGUAGAGUAGACUAGGCAUUAUGCACUAUAGAAUACAGACACUGAACCAGAAGAAAAGAUGAUUAUAACAUUAUGAUUAUAUACAAUGUUUGAUUGCUGUAUACUAUCCAUGGGGAAUAGAUAAAAUAGCUACAUGUAGAUAGAAAAAUUCAUUGUCGUGCAGAACCCAGGAGUGGAAUUGAAGAAGCCAAAGAGAAAUGUCGCUAAAGCAGAGGAUGUUGGCAUACUGUGCCUGUUCUUUGGGUUUUUCAUUACUGAAUCAUGUGUUUUUCUUUUAUUAUGUGAAAGUUUUCCUCAACUAUUAUAAGAUUGAGGAAGGAUGGUUCCAGUUUGCUCAAAUGUUAUAUUUAGUGUGGAAUAUGAUAAAUGAUCCAUUAUUUGCUUAUAUACAAGAUACGACUAAUUUUAGAUUAACUAAAACCAGAAGAGAAGCUAUCUUAUAUACGGCUCCAUUAUUUUCUCUCAGUUUUAUUUUAAUAUGGUUUCCAUGGGCUCAUGGAACGUGGGUAACUGGAUUACAUCUGAUAACAGCUUUGUGUUUAUAUGAUACUUUCUUUACUUAUAUUGGUUUAGCUUUUUGUUGUUUGUUUACUGAGAUUUCAUCAGAUCCUAAAGUUCGUCUUCAGUUAACUCAAUGGUCGAACAUUGCUGGUCUCUUAGCAUCUUUUUCUGUGUUUAUUUGUGAAUUUACAUCCGACAGUUUGAAAUCGUUUCAAGCAUUUCAGUUGACAACAGUUGGGAUAGCAGUUGUGGCUGCAAUAAUGAUGGUCUAUUGUGGAUUAUAUGCACAUACAGAACACGAUAUAAACUUAAUUCAGAGUGAUUCAAGCAAAGAAGAAGUUACCCAUAAAAAAUCUUCUGAAUCAUCUGUAUGGCGCCUCACCUGGCAAAUACUCUCAGAGAAAAACUUCAUUGCUUUUGUGAUAGUAAAUUUUUUUCAGGGAUUCCACAGAACUUUUUUUUCUAAUUUUGUUGCCAUAAUCUUUGAUGAGUUAAUACCAGAUGAUGUUGUGUCUUCUUCAAUAAGAAAAUCUUUUUAUGGAUCACUGAAUAUUGUUGCAUCAGUGAUUGUUAUCUUUGGUGUACCACUUGUUCAAAAUAUAGGAUAUUAUAAAACUAUAAAAUGGAGUUUUGUAUGGAAAAUAUUUGCUGGUAUAAUUAUGUUUAUGCUAGGACGUCAGUAUAUUAUAAUUAUGAUGAUUUAUGUUUUAUUAGACAGCGCCUUUUCCUGGGCGGCAUUUACUUUUUUCGUCAUUCCAAUGUCGGAAAUAGCUGACCAUGAUAUGUACAAGUACAAGCGAAGUCAUCCGAUCACAUCAAUGGUAUUUGGAACAAAUGCUCUUAUUGUUAAGCCUGCUCAAUCUCUGUGUCCAAUGUUAACAGUAGCCAUUUUAAACAGAUAUGGCUAUGAAGAACAUAAGACUGGAAAACUUGGUCUACAAGGUCUUGAUUCUCUUAAAGAUACAAUGUUUUUAUUAUUAUGUGGUUAUUCUUGUAUUUUAGGUAUCAUACAAUUAAUUAGUUGGUCUAAGUAUGUUUUAAAACAACAAAAAUCAACAAAAUUAGUCAUUAGUGUUCCAUCUCAAUUUUAAUUCAUUAUAUAUUUUAAAUGGAAUGGAUAUAUUCUUCAGUAUAUAACAUGAAAUACGGUAUUGAAUUUAAUUAGAGGAGAUGUAGGUGUUGUAUGCUCAUAAAUGCAUGACUAGGGAGAAACUUGCACCGCAAAUCUCCCCUCUUAAAUUUACACAGAAUGGAUUAAAAAGUGAUGAAACUUGUUUUGUUGUUAACUGAAGAAAUACUGACUACACCGUCAUAUGUCCCAUAAGAUCAUAAGGAAAUUUUAAAAGAGAAAGAUCAUUAAUGGUUUAACAAUACUUUUAGAGAAUUUAAGAAUGUUCAUAACAUUUUCAGAAAAUUACAGCAUUUAUUUGUAAAUACAUCUUCUGGGCAAAUAUUUUAUGGUUGUUAUUUGAAGAAAUUAAAUUUAUUAAUUAUUUUGUACAUAAAAUACUUAUAUUUCUUGGUUAGAAUAUUUGUUAUUUCUAUUUAUUGAGAA